GUUAUCAGUGCAUCCAGGCUUUCACUCAGUGCAUAGCAGUGGAGUCAAUUUACCAAGAAAGACGACCCUUAUGGUCACCAUCAAAACCAAAAAAAACAAAACAUCAUCCGCUUGUUGGGGACUUCCGAGUGGACUCCUCGCCGGUGGACCUUGCACGCGGCGAUCCCCCCAGGCUGACAACGAGCACACACACACACACACACACACACACACACACGGAGGCUCGCUUUUCAACCCGUACAGAAGUACCACCAGCUCUGAGAAGUUUUUCCUGUAGUUUACACUCCCGGUACCAGCGGCUUUACUUCAUCGGGGAUACUUUUCGAGAGACGAUCGGGAAGAGUUUGGCCUCUUUAUGCGCUCGUCAUCACAAGGCUGAGCGCUGCUUCUAAAAACUCAUUGCCUUUUUUUUUUCUAAAUAUAUAUAUAUAUCGCUCUCACGCCUAUAUAUAUAUAUAUAUAUCCGGGCGAAUUUGUUCGGUUCAUGUCCACAAAUGUUAGCGGUCGGGCAGAUGGACGGUAACCGGCAGCAGGGCGCCUUCGUCUUGGGCAGCGCGCCGCUGGCCGCCUUGCACAACAUGACGGAGAUGAAGACGUCGCUGUUCCCCUACACGCUGCAGGGCCACCCCGCCGCAGGGGGCUUCAAGGCACCCUCGCUUACCUGCACACUAAACUCGCACCUGUCAAUGGGCACCCCGCACGGAAUUAGCGACAUCCUGGGGAGACCCAUCACCUCGGCCGGGCAGCUGCUCACCGGCUUCCCCCGGAUAAAUGGCCUGACUGCCGCCACCGCAGGGAUGUACUUCAACCCGGUGACGCGGUACCCCAAGCCCCUCACGGAGCUGCCCGGGAGAGCGCCCAUAUUCUGGCCCGGAGUCAUGCAGAACCCCUGGAGGGACCCUCGGGUUCAGUGUCCAUCUCAAGCCGGCAUGAUGCUCGACAAGGACGGCAAGAAGAAGCACUCCAGACCCACCUUCUCCGGGCAGCAGAUCUUUGCCCUGGAGAAGACUUUCGAGCAGACAAAAUACCUGGCUGGGCCGGAGAGGGCUCGGCUGGCCUACUCCCUGGGGAUGACCGAGAGCCAAGUCAAGGUGUGGUUCCAGAACAGGAGGACCAAGUGGAGGAAGAGGCACGCCGCGGAGAUGGCGACGGCCAAGAAGAAGCACGACUCGGAGACGGAGAAGAUGAAGGAGAGCUCGGACAACGAGGACGACGACGAGUACAACAAGCCCCUGGACCCCAACUCCGACGACGAGAAAAUCACGAGACUUCUAAAAAAGCACAAGGCCACCAACCUGGCGCUGAUCAGCCCGUGCAGCAACAGCUCGGACACGUUGUGAUGGUGCUGUGGUGGAUCUGUGCAACAGAGACGCUCUCUCUUCUCUCUCCUCAGAGGCUUCUAAAGCUCGUCUAACCAGGGUAUCACUUCGUUUAAAGUCACAGAGAAUGGCGCUCGGUUUGGGGAUGGGGGGUUGGAGGAAAUAGGUGUGAAUUGGGUUGUAGCCUAUAAAGACGGACAUUGUAAGUGAGAUGUAUAUAUUUUUUACUGAGUAAAUUAUGUUGUUAAACCCAUGGAAACAGAAAUGUUGCAGCCCCGUUUCCCGCCAUGCUGACGCGCUUAUGCCCCCCCCCCCCCCAUGCUCUGCUUUGGUUUGGUUAUUGCAGAAUAAUAAUUAUAGGCCUAUUGCCGGAUUUUCUUUAAGUUUCACAAUUCUAAAUUCAGUACUGGCACACAUUGUAUAGACGCAAAUGUUGUAAAUAAUAUUGUAAAAAGCUUGUUUAACGACAUCCACCGACACCAUUUUUCCUUUAAUCAUUUAAUGGAUUUUAUGUUUUACCUCAUCAGCCAGAAAUAGAUCACUGGACAUUUGUUUAUGUUGGAAAAAGAGAGUAUUAUUGCUUCCGCCAAGGUUAUAGGAAGAAAAAAACACUUUGUAUUAUGAAUAAAUUAUUUAACAAGCAUUUUUGAUAUUUCUGAUUUCUAAUGAAGCCAAACGCAUGCAGAAAUAUCGUUGCCUAUAAUUACCGGUAACAAAAGAAAAUCGGAAUCUGAACGAAUCAAGCAACUUCGUUAGAAAUGUAGGACAACAUUAUGUGUUUUAAUUAGGCUAUUGCAAAACAAGACGCAAUUCUGAAAGAUGCACUCCAGUUAAAAUAUGAACGAAAGGUCUACAUGUAAAUAGAGUACUUCAAGGACCUUUGCAAUGUUUUUUUAUAUUUCAACCUAAAAAUGCAUGAAUAGGGCCACAGAUAUUUAGCCUACAUGUAGGCCAUAUUGGAGUUGUGUUGUAUUCAUUUCUAAAUAGGACUAACCCUUUCAUUGUUAUAUUUAUAUCAAAGCAGUCCGAAGAAUCAACGCACUAUGAGCACAACUAUACUACUUAUAUUUCUGUUCAUAUAGGUAAUCCGAUCGGAACCUUGAUCAAAAUAAUUACAAAAUACGUUAGUAUCUACAAAGAUCUUAGCCACCUGUCAUCACCAGCAUGAACUUUUAACAGUAACAAUGAAUUUCCAUUUGGGUUACUGAGGCACUUAGAGGAAAACUGAAACCAAGAUUAUUAAAACAGUCAAUGUAGGCCUAGCAUUUUAUUUUACCUCAUUUUUUUAGUCUGCCAAUAAGCAAAUAUAACCCUGUAGGCAUAUGCUACCAACAGGCCUUUGCUCAAAAUAGAAGGGGUAUGGAAGUUAAGUCUAUUAUGGUAGGCCCGUUAGACCUACAAGUCUAAAUAAAGAAUAUUUAUGGGAUGAUUAUUAUCAUACAUAACAAUGGCCUUCAUACAAAAUAGCAGAGUAAAGCAAUGUUGACCAUUGGGCAGACAUGAGGUGCUGAGACUCGGUUUCAACAGUGUGGUGCCCAUCCUACGAGCUGCCAUCGUGGAGCGGCGCAGCAACAGAGAGGACGAGCAGGCAUUGUGGAGUUCUAAUGGUUUUAUUGCUUGAGAACUGCAUUGCCAACAGUAGAGGUUGUAAUGGAAUAGAACAGAAUCUCUGUCUGCGUUAUAAGAGGAGUGAAGUACAACAGCGGCCUCUCCUAGCAUCAGGGCCAGCAGAAUUAAAAACAAGCAGUUUCUAAACCAACCAAAGGCCUACUGUCAAGACAACAGAGAUAUUGCGACAGGCACGAAAAAUAAUUUUCACUUGCGGUGAUUUAGGCGGGAUGAAGAAAUAAAAUAAAAUCAAGGAUCAUUCUAAGGAAGAGCCUGCGGACUCUGUAGUGUAGUGAAUUAAGUCGAUAAAAAGAGACGUUGGCGUUUUAUCAACAGUCCUCUAUUAGCCGUUUAAUGCUCGCACGACCAAUGAGAGAGGGGCUGUCCAAGGCUACAUACAAAAUUGAAAAGCAUUUCCUUCUGGUUCCCCCUGCGUUUAGCGUUCUUAUUUAACAAUUUAUAAUCAAAACAAUCUUUAUCCAUUCGACUUAAGUAUUUCUAUGAUAAUUCUCACACACUUCAUUUUCUGUGUAUAAUACUUGGCACCAUAAUGCAGUAACAAAAAAAAAAGAAACAAACAACUGUUUACAUUGUAAGGAAUACCCAAGCCUAGGUAAAAUAUCACAUUACGAACCAU